AAAAGCUCUUCAGCUAUCGCGACGAAUAACGUUCAACUCGUGCUUCAAGAAGGGCUUUGCAGCGAUUGCUUAAUGAUAAAUGGCCUGGAGCUGGCAGGAGGGUGGAAAAUGCGCGCAACAGAGGGAGCCCAGCUCUGGUCAGGUUGUCGAUCACCUGUCGAGAAUAUUCGUGUGCAUCUUCCCCAUCGCAUGUGGCCAUGCACCAACGAGGAAAAAUUGCUCAGCUUUGCCCUACUCAUCCAAACCUCCUCUUGACCCUUCUAAUCACUUCUUCACUGCCAAUCAAUGUUCCUCCCGUAGGAUGCACGGCACUGCCCAUUGUGCUGCUCCUUCUAACACCCCCGAUCAUUUUACCGUCCUCGGCGCUCUCAUCAGAAGGCGUGUUUUGUUCCACCACCACUUUUGCUAUCUUCCAUAGCGCCCAUGUUUGGAAUACGAUCGUCAAGAGGAGGAGGAACAGAACAACCAAGAUGCCGAAGAGAGUGAAGAGGAGGAGGGUUGAUUGUUCCGCUUUUCGGGACGAGUUGUCGUUGUUUCCCAUGAUUGGUGGACAGAUUGACGUCGAUCCGCAAUCGUUUCCUUAUUGGAUAUCUUGGGCCUCCGUACGAUUGUUAUUUCAAGUCAAGUUUUUAAUGUAAGCGCGACGAAAAGGGUUGAACGGAGUGAAAUAGCAUGUGGUUGUGGCGAGAGGUGAAGGCCCUGCUUUCGAUUAUCAGGUGGAAUUGUGGAUGGGAAGAGCAAAACUAUCCAAAUGACACGACGAGAAACUUUGUAUUUACAGGCGACAGCUCAUGUAUCAUGAUUCUCUGUGCCAUCUG